AUUUUUAUAUGUUGUGAUGGAUGGCGUGUAAAAAUGUGACGUGGCCAGUAUGACAGCUGAUUUGUCUAUGGUGUUGACAACUGCCAAAUCAGCCAGCCUCUCCAGUCUGCUUGGUUUCUAAAAAAUUGAGAAAUUUAUGGGAUUUUUGAAUGAAGACAUAUUGUGAUUUAAGAAAUUUGCUCAUGUGUUUAUAACUGGUUCGCCGCAUGACUUUUUGAUCGGCGAUAUGGCCACAUACGAGGAGUUCAUCCAGCAGAAUGAAGACCGCGAUGGCAUACGGUUCACUUGGAACGUAUGGCCAUCAAGUAGAAUUGAGGCUACGAGGCUUGUUGUGCCUUUGGCUUGCUUGUACCAACCGCUUAAGGAGCGCCCCGACCUACCACCGAUACAGUACGAGCCUGUACUCUGUACACGAAAUACAUGCAGAGCUAUAUUGAACCCAAUGUGCCAGGUGGAUUACAGAGCUAAAUUAUGGGUCUGCAACUUUUGCUUCCAACGAAACCCAUUUCCACCUCAAUAUGCUGCUAUAUCAGAACAGCAUCAACCUGCAGAACUGAUUCCUAACUUUUCCACCAUAGAGUACACAAUAACGCGAGCACAGGCUAUGCCCCCAAUCUACCUGCUUGUUGUUGAUACUUGUUUAGAUGAGGAAGAACUUGGGGCACUCAAAGAUUCCUUGCAGACUUCACUUAGUUUAAUGCCUCAAAAUGCACUCGUUGGACUAAUAACAUUUGGUAAAAUGGUACAGAUUCAUGAAUUAGGUACAGAAGGCAUAUCAAAAUGCUAUGUUUUCAAAGGAACAAAAGAUUUGUCAGCAAAGCAAAUUCAAGAGCAACUAGCUAUUGGCCGUGUGAAUGCACCAAAUCCUCAGCAGCAGCGUCCUGGUGCUCCUGUUCCACAGCCUCCAGCUCACAGAUUCUUGCAGCCAGUCAAACAAUGUGAUAUGUCAUUAACUGACCUGCUCGGUGAACUUGGGAGGGAUCCUUGGCCCUUAGGUGUUGGAAAGAGACCCUUACGUAGUAGCGGAGUAGCACUUUCAUUGGCUGUUGGAUUACUGGAAGUUACAUAUCCCAACACCGGCGCAAGAAUCAUGAUGUUCCUAGGUGGACCAUGUUCUCAGGGACCAGGUCAGGUUGUGAAUGAUGAGUUGAAACAGCCCAUCCGAUCCCAUCAUGACAUUCAUAAGGAUAAUGCUAAAUAUAUGAAAAAGGCUAUUAAACAUUAUGAAGCUUUGUCUCUAAGAUCAGCAACAAAUGGUCAUUCCAUAGAUAUUUACUCAUGUGCUUUGGAUCAGACUGGCCUGAUGGAAAUGAAACAGUGCUGUAAUUCUACUGGAGGUCACAUGGUGAUGGGAGACUCGUUCAAUUCAUCUCUGUUCAAACAGACGUUCCAAAGAGUGUUCGCUAAAGACACAAAAGGAGAUUAUAAGAUGGCAUUCAACGGUACUUUAGAAGUCAAAUGUAGCCGUGAACUGAAAAUAUCUGGUGCGAUUGGUUCCUGCGUGUCUCUGAAUGUGAAGGGACCGUGCGUAUCUGAUCAGGAGGUCGGAAUGGGCAACACGUGUCAAUGGAAGCUAUGUACUUUCACCCCCAGUACUACCAUGUCCAUAUUCUUUGAGGUUGCAAACCAAGCUUCGACGGUACCCCAAGGUGGUCGCGGCUGCGUACAGUUCAUCACGCAGUACCAGCACUCGAGCGGACAGAGACGCGUCCGAGUCACAACAGUGGCUAGAAACUGGGGCGACGCAGCGGUGAGUCUCCAUCACAUAGCGGCCGGCUUCGACCAGGAGGCGGCCGCCGUGGUGAUGGCGCGGCUCGUGGUCUACCGCGCCGAGAUCGAGGAUGGGCCUGACGUGCUGCGCUGGCUCGACCGGAUGCUCAUACGAUUGUGCCAGAAGUUCGGUGAAUACGGCAAAGACGAUCCGAACAGCUUCCGCCUGUCGGAGAACUUCAGUCUGUACCCGCAGUUCAUGUACCAUCUCCGACGCUCGCAAUUCCUUCAGGUCUUCAACAACUCACCGGACGAGACCACAUUCUAUAGGCACAUGUUGAUGCGUGAAGAUCUGACCCAGUCUCUGAUCAUGAUCCAGCCGAUCUUGUACUCGUACAGCUUCGGAGGUCCCCCGGAGCCGGUACUCUUGGACACGUCCUCCAUACAAGCGGACCGCAUACUCCUGAUGGACACCUUCUUCCAAAUAUUGAUAUAUCACGGCGAGACGAUAGCACAAUGGCGGGCCCUGCGCUACCAAGACAUGCCGGAGUACGAGAGCUUCGCGCAGCUGCUGCGGGCGCCCGUGGACGACGCGCAGGAGAUCCUGCAGAGCAGGUUCCCGGUGCCCCGGUACAUCGACACGGAGCACGGCGGCUCGCAGGCUCGUUUCCUCCUGUCCAAGGUGAAUCCAUCGCAGACCCAUAACAACAUGUACGCAUACGGCGGGGUGAGUAAAACAAAAUAUCUUGAUACUUGUACCUUAUUAAAAUGUUCAUUAUUUUUUAUAUUAAUUAAACUUUUAAUUUAUGAUUUUUUAAAUAUUGUUACGGAAGAAGCAUGAAGUGUGUGCCUUCCGAAAACAAAAAAGAAAGUUUAACUACUUAACCGAGCAUGUAUAGAGUUGUCGUGUAGAGCAAGCACGGUGUGAAAAUUAUUGUUUUUUUUUUGUUUCAUCUUUGUUUGGCGAUAUCCAGGCGAUGCCGAUACCAUCUGCGGUAUAUACCUUUUAUAUUUACAAUCUGGGUGUUGGGUGUCCUUAAUUUUUACUAAUUUAAUAAUAAGGGCUGACAUUCUUUUGUUGAAAUACGACGUAAUUAUUUUUUUUCUACUUAUGCUGAUAGCCUUGAAAGGCUAUAUCAGCGUUACCCUAGCGCGUAGAUGAGUUCUCGGGGCUCAAACCGGAGGUAUUGCUAACACUGGCCCUAGCAAGAGCCGUGCUUCACAGAAUCUACCACCGGAUCGGAAAAGCGAUCCACUGAGAAGAUCUGAUCUGGCGAAAAACUCAGUGGGCUUACGUCGUAAUGAGAUAUCAGCAUUUUAAACCGCUUAUUGAUCUAUCCUCUUUACUGAAUGAAGUUGAAACGUGUCCGAGUCUCUAAAUAAAAUCGUUAUGACACACGGACAAAACGAAUUAAAAACAAUAAGGACUGUUAUUUAAUUAAAGAAAUAUAAAUGAGUACGAGAUUGUUUUUCAAAAGAAUGCCAGCUUGCUUCGGUCUUUUGAUUGCUUUUUUUCUUUCUUUUGUAACUAAUUUUUGUAACACAAUGCAUGUUUUUUUUUGUUUCCUGCAUGAAACACGAUGAAUCAUUUUUAAAUAUAUUUUCAUUUAAAAAGCUUUUGGUAAACUUCAAUGGCAAAUUAUUAAAUGUGGUUGACUUCACAUUUAUCGUAAUAAAAAUUCAUUAGAUACGUACUUGACAUUGUUACGUUUGUAUGUGGGUAAAUAAAUAAAUGAUUUUUUUGUUAAUUCAUACGGGCAAAUGCUAUAUUUUUGGUUGAAUGACAUUAUAAAUUUUACGUUAAAGUUUGUGAUGCUGUGAUAAACUAUUAUAGUGUAUAGAUUGUUAAAAUGACUGCAUUGAGGGUGCAUAUUAUACUGGUGUUGGUAAAUUUUACUUAAAAUUUCAAGAGAAUUGAAGCGUAUUUUCCCAUAAACAGGACGGUGGCGCUCCCGUGCUGACCGACGACGUCUCGCUGCAAGUUUUCAUGGAACAUCUGAAAAAGUUGGCCGUCUCUUCGACUGCUUAAUUUUUCCUAUGAAACUAAAACUUUUCCCUAUAUUGAUCAAACGUUACAAAGUUGACAACACCGAACUUAGGCUGAUGACAAGUGACAGACGACAAAGAUGACAGUUGACAAGUGAUUUCUUGAAUACGAGCUGCGAGGUCAUCGCAAGAGAUUUUGGCGUGCCAGAACACCUCUAAGAUCUUCGACUUUUUAUAUAAAAGCCUAAUAUUUCAACCUUGAAGAAGACUUGGACUUUCGAGUGUUUAAACUAGGCAAUAAUAUUCUGACAUUCUCGAAGUUCGUAUUCAAGAGACUGCCUUCGUCUAAGUCAAACCUUUCCGUAGUCAACUGUGAUUCGUGACAAACACUGUAGAUUUAACGAAAUGGCUUUUCAAACGGACCUUUAUUAUUUCGUUAGAUAGUAUAUCGGAUUGAAUGCUUCGUGCACAGAUGUGAUCGCGGGACAUAAGAAAGUUCGAGUGUUACUUAAAUCCAAUUAAAUUUGUUUACGUAUAGAUCUUAGUUGUAAUUCACUCAUAUAAUGAAAUAGUUUUUACACAGGUGUCUAAGAGGAAUUCGUUGCUUACCUGUUAAACUUUUGCUUUUGUCGGUUUUGAGGGUAUAGGGAUCACUUUCAUUAACCAUUCGCUCCUGAAGUAUUCUUAUGUAUACUUUAGAUAAAGAGCUCUACCGUUUAACGAAUGUUUUUGAGGUCACAAUUGAACCUCCUGUGACUUAGGACACCUGGAUGUUGGUACUGGUAUGCUGAAUGUUUGGCCUCUGGCCACUUGAGAUGCUGUUAAUGGGAUUCCUAGUACUGGAUGAUAAUAAGCUUGCGGUGACUCAGAAAGUAUUUUUUUGUGCUGAGAUUGAAACAUACAAUAAAAUUGGAGUCCAUCAAUAUAUGUAGAUAUUAAAAACGAUUUCCCAUAGCUUUGUAAUGUUUAUUCCUGAUUGUAUUCAAUAUGUAAAACUAAUAAUAGCUAGAAGACGUUUGUAUGUAAGAGUUCUAAUUUCAACACAUAGGGAGUGCUGUUAUGUAGAUUUUGUGUGUAUGGAAAAAUUAAAUUUCAUUAAUUAAUAAUACUUUUAAGUUAUAUUUUCUACAAAUUAUUGUAAAUUAUAAUAUGGAAUAAAAUGUUUAUGAAA